CGCGCAUCUCAUACGCGAACGGAAGAUGGCUACUUGCUGCCGUUCGACUACGGAGUACCACGGCUUGUUGUGAGGGAAACGGGGACGUGAAUUCGGCGCGCAGGACAGUAUAACGCAACGGGUAACGCGAGGAACGCGAUGCGUUAGGUACGCGCGGUUCGCCUCCUGAGAUCGACGACUGUGAUUGUCGCGAGCGAGACGGAGUGAGAGAGAGAAGAAGAAAGAAGGGCAACGAGAAGUACAUUGAGUGCGCGGCGCGCCAGCAAAGGGCACCUCCUCCCCCUCGCCACCCCCGUGGUUUCGCUUCCACGGUGCCAUGAGAGUGCGAUCGGUUCGGCUGUUUACAGUUUUCGGUUUACAACAGACGUGCGACGAUUAAUGUGUACACACGAUUGAUUUAAUUCUUCUCUUCCUUGACUCACUCAAGUUGCGUGAAUCAAUCUCCCGCAUACGUCCCCGAUACACGUGUCUCGCAAGACAUUUAUUCUCGAUUUUGUGCUCUUGGGACGCGGAAUCAAGACAAACAAUAUGGGGUCCAGCCAACAAUUCUCUCUUAGAUGGAACAAUUAUUUAAAACAUAUUACUUGUGCUUUUGACACACUGAGAACAGAUGAAGACCUAGUAGAUGUAACUUUAAGUUGCGAGGGCAAGAAGAUCAGAGCUCACAAAAUGCUGCUUUCUGCUUGUAGCACAUAUUUUAGAGAUUUAUUUAAGGAAAAUCCAUGCCAGCAUCCCAUAAUUAUAUUCAGAAAUGUAAAAUUUGAUGAUUUAGCUGCCUUGGUAGACUUCAUGUAUCAAGGUGAAGUGAACGUUGUUCAAGAACAGCUAGGUAGCUUCCUAUCUACAGCAGGUUUAUUGGCAGUUCAGGGUCUUACAGAUGGCACGGGAAAGGAUAACGAUAGUUUAGUAGAAGAUGACAUAGAAAUUCCUAAUGAGCCCGAAGUGCAACUGCAAAACACUUCCAGCAAAGCUGAAAGGGAUAAUAAAAGGAUUAAAUCGCCAUCUUCUCCGUUGCCGUAUCACGCCACAGAAUUGCCUGAAGCGCCACAGCCUAAAAGAAGAAAAACGCGAGAAAGCACAAUAAAUGUCGAAAAGAAUUCAGUGGGAAAUAAUGGAUCGUCAAAAGAUGCUGACGGAAAAAAUCAAAUAGAAAAUCAAACCGGACAAGUCAGUGAUCCGGUCGAAAUAAUCCCGUUAAUGCCGAAUUUGAAACUGGAAAUGCCUGAAUAUCUGGAGCAAGAUGGCAGCAGUUGUAGUUACGAGGAUCAAGGUAUAGGUGAUGCUACGAUAAACAAACUUGGCAUGGAAGAUACGGCGUCGCAUGAUGAAAAAGUCGAUAUUAGUCAAACAUUCUAUUCGAGUCAAUCAACAUCAGAUGGUUUGGACGGCAAACAUCAAUCAGCUGAUGUUGGACACAUGCAUUCUAAACCGGGUACUUCGGGAGAAAGGCCGUCACAGGAAGCAAUACAGGGGGGGGUGGGACGCAAUCGGAAGCACGUUGGCGAUACAACCGGUCAGGCGGUGAUGCAGGGCCCGGGGCGUUUUCCGUGUCGACUCUGCGGAAACGUUUACAGGCACCUCGCCUCGCUGACCCAGCACCUCGAAGUGCAUCGCAACCAGACUACAUGCAUCGUCUGCCACACCACUCUCAGUCGUAGAACCGACCUGCGGCGUCACAUGCGUCUGAAACACCAAAUACACAACCCCUGGCAAAAAAUCCACAGGCAGCGCAGCCCGAAAAGCGAAUUGGACUCAUAGACACAUCGCCGCAUCGCAUACUCUCUUUUAUCUCUCGAGAUUAUAGAUGUCAAUCGAUGAUCGCCGCUUGUUAUUGAACGCCCGAGCGAUGUCGCUUCUUGCUCUCAGUGGUAUUUUCGUGCGUUUGCUUGAUGCGAGAGAUAUAUAUAUAUAUAUAUAUAUACCUACAUACAUAUAUAUGAGUGCUCGCGCACCAUGUACCGAUCGCGGCGAUAUCUCGUCACCUUAAUACUACAUUUGAAUCUCUUCCAUGCCGUGUAAUCUCGAGUAAUAAUUUCAAGCUACGUGAUUUUAAAACUUUCUUCUUUAUAAAUAGAGAAGAAAUAUCGAGACAUUUUGAUUUGAAAAGUUUAUUUUCUGCACUGAAUGUAGGAGGAAAAAAAGAUGUACUGUAUCUAUUUUUAAAUUUUAGAUCGAUACAUUGAAUUAGUAGUACCUACUCAGGAAAGUAUUGUACUCUAGGCUUGAUGGUAGUGUUAAGAUGACGAUCGCGCGUCCGAUCCCACAUAUUCUCGGCAUUUUUUUGAUAAAGGGAUGUGACCCUUCGUGAACGCGAGAGACUCUCGCAGAAAGUAGAACAUACGCGCCUCUUAGCUUGCUGACGCCUGGUAAUGUGUGCAAGCGUUGAAUCCCUCUCUCGAGAAGUUUCCUCGAAAAUUUAUAUUAUUAAGUGAUACGUUUUGCUGUUUUAUUUAAACAAAAUCUUUGCAAUUACCAAACAUUCUUCUGGAUAAGUAAGAAAAUAAAAUUCACACAGUUGGACUCGACGGGAUAAAAAUACGAUGCAGGACAUUAACCUUGCACUUUUCCGCAACGUCCUUCUUUUUUGUUGUUUAAAUUUUAAUUGUUGUUCACGCGAACAAAUUUAGUUCACUGUGUGAAAUGCUACGUAGUCUAUGUUUUAAUUCAAUCUAAGAUUUAUAAGUCUGAGACACGCGUUAAAACACGAUGUGGGAUUUCUUUGUCGAAUUAUUAUCUAAAUCUCUCUAUAACUGAAAAUUUUUGUUACGCAUCUUUGCUGAUGACGCAUUUAGACGCAAACUCGCAAAAUUGGCGAUUUGUUGCAAAUUCGUUGCAAAUUAACUCUAACGAGUGUAAAAGAAGAUGAAUAAAAUCGGGGAGCAAAUUGAAAUUAAAAACAAAAAAAUCUCGUAUUUAAAAAAACUAAAAAUGAGAAAGAAACUAUGCUUAAAAAAGACUAAAAUGUAUGUAGUUUGAUUUAGAAGUCCCGAUUUUUUUCAUCCACCGUAAUCUUACAGAAUGCAUCUGAUGUAAAUGGCAAUGUUCAAUUAUAUUUAUAUGAAGCUUCCGCUUUAUUUUCGCAAAACAUAGUUUUAUUGCUGUGUAUUUGAUGCACUCUGUAUGAUAUUUUUUCUCGCUAAAAAGUAGUGAAUAGUCGCGCUUCAAUUUGAUUUUGCAAAAAUCCGAUCGAAGCAGAGAAACGCAUUGCGUUUUCUUUUGAUCGGUUUCAUUAUUACGACCACGCGAUUGUUGGCCCAUUUAGAUGCGUUUUUGUGAGAAAAAUUGAUGUGUCUAGCUUUGCUGUGUACGCGCGCGUAUUUAUCUUCGCUAAGUGUGCGUUAACGCAUGUUGGCGAUUGUGUUACUAUUUGCGCAAAUUCGCGUUUUAGGUGUUUAAGAGGUGAGAUUUAAGGAUACGUGUUUAAGGAUCUGAGUAUUGUAUACGUCACAGAUGAACGGAGGCGACUCUGUCGCGUGGCCUCCUGUCUCCACAGAAUAAAACAAAUCUGAGGUUUUAGUAAGAUUUUUCUUGCAAAAGAAAAUUUUUCAAUUAUACGACAAUUUUAUCUACGACGCCAAGAAACACUUGAGCGCGUAGUAUAUCUCGCGUAUGCAUAGUCUUCACAAGAACAAGUAGUGUAAAGUUUUGUAUUUUUGUGUGGAAUUUUGCUAUGUGUGGAGUCGCCUCUUCUCUGAUUAAUUAAAUCAAGUGGUCUUGAAGGAUUCUAGUCAUUAUUGUACGGAGCAUCAAACUAUCGAGAUCUCUAUCGCUCGUUCACACAGACUAUAACGGAUUGUGAAGUUAUUUUUUUAUACUUCUCGACGCACAUAUUUGGGAGGGGACUUUCGUGCGGAGCUAUGUCCUGCGACAUAGCGGAUAUCGCUCCGCAAUAUCGUACUCCUCUGAAUCCGCAACCAUGACCCCCUCAACACAUUACACGGACUCUGUUUACACGUUUACAUACGCCAUGUGCCGAAGUUCCUUUGCGAACGAUUCUCAGGCUCGAUGUACACAAUUUAUUUGCCUUCGAGAAAAAAGAUUUCAACGUUCGAUAUUAUUAACAAUAUCUUCGAUAUUGAAACUUUUUAUCACUGAAACGUAUUCUAUGUUAUGACGUCGUUAUUUGUGCUAGAACUGAUGAAAAUGUACGAUGCCCAUUCUUUAUUGAAGUAACUUGAGAUUCUUUAUUUUUGAUUUGAUUUCACAAUUUCGUGAAAUUGAUUUCGACGAAAAUUUGGUCGUAAACUGGUAAUUUGAUUUUCAGCGCAAAUAGUUGAAAUGUGCACAUCGAGUCUUAGCUUCAGCUGUCGAGACAGCUCAUAGACAGUGCCUUACACAAAUGCCUGGUUUUACAUAUUUUACGUAUUGACAUCUUCAGAUGUUUACCAUAGACAAGAGUAUAUCUAGCGAUGCGGAGCAUCCGGAAAGUAGCCGUUAAUUCUGUUACUGACCUCGUGUAAACAUUGUCUGUAUGAAAGCGCGAAAGCAGCGUUUCUCAGCGUCACAAACGGAGAUGUUAUACAUUAUCUUCUAUCUACAUAAUAUUUUACUGUAACCUUUUCGAAAUUAAAUUCUGAAAUACAUUCUGAAUACUCCCCCUUAAAUCCAGACACAUCAUUAUGUACGAUUUUAUUUACAAACAGAAAGUUAGUUAUUUUUUAAGAUUAAGUAAUAUGUCCUUCAUUUCUUUUU